CAGAAACUGGUGCACUGGAACUCUCCAAUCUGCAGGUCCUGGAAAGCUCUAGGUUUGACGCACGUGCUAGGAAUUUUGAACGGUUGCAAGACCGAAAGCCAGCGCUUUUACACUGGGCUGGUUUGGAGCGAGCGGACGUUGAUGCAGUUGCAGAAAGAACCGCGUCACCGCCUGUUGCUGGUUAGCUUGACAGCUGCCCAUUUCAGACUUGAUGCGAUUGGCUAGAAUUGACACAGCAAAACCUGAACAAGUUGGGCUUUUGGAUCCGCAGCUUUGACAGUCAGUUCGCUAAAGGGGAGAACCGAUCCUCUUCCUGGCACAGCGGCCGGUCCAUUGGCGGGCGGCCGUUGCGAAGCAUGGAGGAGGCGGCCGAGCCAGCUGGAAUUGCGCAACUCCUACAGGCGCAGCGGGUCUUGCAGCGAUACCUCGACAAGACGGUGGUCUGGGUCAGGGUCCGAUGGUCGAUCUUCGUCGUACUGUUGCUCUUGUUUGCUGCCAGAGUCUACAUCAAGCAGGGCUUCUUUGUAGUUUCGUAUGGUCUUGGAAUCUACAUGUUAAAUCUUUUCAUCAAUUUCCUGUCACCUGCAGUGGAUCCAGACACAGAAGAGACCAGCUUGCCAAUGAAGGAAUCCACGGAAUAUCGGCCGUUUACUCGCAAGCUGCCAGAGUUCAAGUUCUGGUGGAGUGGAGCCCGCGCCACCGCGGUGGCUUUGGGCAUGACUUUUAUCCCAUUCUUUGAUUUGCCGGUCUACUGGCCCAUCCUCUUAGCCUAUUUCAUCUUGCUUUUGGUUUUGACCAUGAAGGACCGAGUGAAGCACAUGAUUAAGCACAAGUAUGUGCCCUUCAACUUUGGGAAGCAGACAUAUGGCGAGCUGUCAAAGGUGAAGGUGCCUGGUGGUGAGAAGAAUGACAAAUGACAUUUGGGCCGACCAGAUUGAUGUCGGGGGCGUAGUGAGUUCCCGUGGCGGGGCACCGUGCUCAAAGGCAGUCGCCGCUCGCCGAAGCUACUCUUGAUCCCAUGAGCGACACAUGGGAGUGACACAAAUGUCACAAGGUACAGAAGAAGUCUUUUUAGUGCUUGUAUCUUUUUUAAAAGUCCUCACACGUUUGUUGGAUCAUAGAGUGC